UUAUCAUUUUUCAAUUUCGUUCUCUAAUUUUUGUAAAAAUGAAAUCUAUCUUUAUUUUGUAUCCAAAUCCUCAUACAUCGAAUUAUAUACAAUUCAAAAGUUUUCCUUUUCCCAGUUGUACUCUAAUACAUCUCUCUUUAUUAUUGUCCACAAUUCGUACUAUUUUAUUGAUAAGACCGAAAUGUGUACAUUUUAUUUUGCUGGCCAUGAUUUUUGUUGUGAUAAGAGAGUAGUUUGGCACAAAACCAUAAUCAUGUGGCGCGCUCGGAGUCUAGAGAUAUCUCUGGCGAGAUACUGUGACUGUCAGUACACAACUCAGAUUAAAAUAUAUAUUUAAGUUUUAAAAAAAGCAACAUUUUAUAUCAACAAAAUGAGAGGAAGUGAAUCGGAAAACAAUUUUAAAACAGGUGCCAUUGACUUCACAGCAGGUUCUCUGGGUGGUGUGGCGCAGGUGUAUGUCUCCCAACCUAUGGAUACUGUUAAGGUGAAACUUCAAACAUUUCCUAAACUGUACAAGAACAUGAUAGAUUGUUUUCUUCAAACAUAUCGUAAAGAUGGAAUAUUUCGUGGUCUCUAUGCUGGUAGCAUCCCAGCAGUAGCUGCUAAUGUGGCUGAGAAUUCAGUCUUAUUUGCUGCUUAUGGUGGUUGUCAAAAGUUCAUAGCCUAUACCCAAGGCUUGAAAAGUACAAAAGAUCUAUCGGUUUUGGGAAAUGCUUUUGCUGGGUUUUUAGCUGCUUUUUUCUCAACAUUCACAUUGUGUCCUACGGAAUUGGUCAAAUGUAAACUACAAGCAAUGCGAGAGACUGGAGGAGCAGUAGUAAAAGACACAAAAGCUCAGAACAUAUCCUCAUUCCAGCUUACGAAACAAAUAUUCAAAGCAGAAGGUAUUGGAGGAUUUUAUCGAGGCCUUACCUCAACCUUCAUGAGAGAGAUGCCCGGUUAUUUCUUCUUCUUCGGCGGGUACGAGGGAACUCGGGAGCUUCUUGCAAAACCGGGUCAAUCAAAAGAAGACAUUGGAGCAUUAAAAACGAUGUUUGCUGGAGCAGUUGGCGGUGUCACUCUUUGGGUUAUGGUUUUUCCUGCGGAUGUUAUCAAAAGUCGAAUUCAAGUUAAUAACUCGAGAAGUAGUAUGACCUCGGUGGGUUUGAAAAUUAUAAGAACCGAAGGUUUUGCUGCGCUCUAUAAUGGACUCUUGCCAUCUGUGUUAAGGACAAUACCAGCGACCGCGACGCUGUUCAUAGUUUAUGAAUAUACAAAGAAGAUACUCGAGGGCAGGCACUAG